UGCUCCAACUGCUCAACCACAACCACGCCGCUGUGGCGACGCGAUCCUGAGGGCAAGCCGCUGUGCAAUGCGUGCGGGCUGUUCUACAAGCUGCAUGGCGUUACCAGGCCGCUCAGCCUGAAGACCAACGUGAUCAAGAAGCGCAACCGC